AUGGCCGACCUUCUGAAGAACGUCUUUGGAGGCGGUAAGCCGGCGCAGCCCGCGGUCAAGAAGGCCGCCGACUCGGACUUCGCCGACUUCGCCGGAGCCCCCGAUCCCGCGCCCGAGUCCGUCCCGCACGCCACGCUCGCGGGCACCGCCGCCGGCCCCGCGGCGACGGGCGUCCCCUGGACCAAGUGGUACAACGUGCACGAGCGCCACUCCCUGUCCGAGUUCAAGGCCGAGGGUAUCAUCCUCGUCGUCGCCGGCCUCAUCUUCCUCUUCCACAUCUUUGGCGCCCGCGCCAACCGCUCCAAGGCCAGGGCCUGGAUCAGGGCCAAUGCCCGCGUCCUCAAGAGCGAGUUCGCCCUCGUGGGCUUCAGCGGCGUCCCCACCAUCGAUGCCCCUGAGCUCGACUCGGACGCCGACGCCCUGCUCAAGGAGAAGUCGCUCUUCGAGUUUGCGACGUACGCCACGGGCCGACAGAACGUGGCCUUCAUGGACGUCAAGCUCACCCUGAAGAAGCGCUUCAACCCCAUCCUGAGCACCGUCGAGACGGUUGGCUCCUUCUUCACCGACAUGUUCGCCGCGCCCGCCGACACCAUGGAGGCUUCCCUCUACCCCUUUGACGGCAAGGAGGGUCUCACCGUCCCGUCCGCUCCCGGCGCCGCCGAGGUGCGCGCCAAGGACUCCAAGAGCACCUACGAGGGUUUCGUCUUCGCCAUCGUCCACAAGGAGCGCAUGCAGCAGCUGCGCGACGAGCGCUACGACGUCUCCCUCACCGUCACCAAGGAUCACCCCAAGCUGCCCAACUACCUGAGCGUCAUGACGGAGAGCGCCGAGAUCACCGACACCCUCAUGACCACGGAGCUCGUCGCUGCCGUCGCCGCGGCCGGCGACCUGUUCGAGCACCUCAUCGUCAGCGACCAGCCUACCGAGAAGCCUAAGACGCUCGACGAGGCGGUCCCCCGCAAGCGCCUGUUCCUCAAGUACCGCCUGCCAUCGGACGGCAGCUACGGCGACCUGCUGCCCCUGUUCUCGUACUUCCUCCGCCUCCCCGACAUGCUGGUGCAGUCGGCGCAGUUCCGCCCCGAGGUCAUGAAGAAGGUGCGCGCCACGCGCGAAGCCAUGACGGCGCAGAUCAAGAAGGCGGUCGAGGAGGAGCGCAGCGAGGAGCGCCUGUACGAGAAGGAGAAGGCGCGCAAGGCCAAGCGCGACGCCGAGCUCAAGGGCCUGGAUGCCAAGGCGCAGAAGAAGUACCUGGAGAAGGAGAAGGAGAAGGAGCAGCGCCGGAACCAGAAGAAGAUGACGAUGCGCGGCUAA